GCCGUUUUGCUCUGUGCGAUACUUGAUUUCAGAGGGGGGCGUAUUGCUCGCGCGCACACAAUAAGUUGGCGUCACAGCGUGAGUAAUAAGGGGCCGUGGAACGACCCUCUCAAGGGGAUCCCGCCAAGGAACGUUUUGACAACCACACGACCAAGCCACAGGAUCGGUCUUCAAAAGCGAAACAAAGAACAGGAACUUAUUCGCUGCGUCCGAGAGCUAAAAGAACAUGCAGCAGCGGUCGUGCUCCUGAGAGAGAGAGGACCUCGAUCAUCGGGCAGCCUCCUCUGUCCUUGGGAAGAGGGCCGUGCGGUCUUAUCGGCACGAGCUCUGCGCGCGACCACCUUAUCGGCCGAACGGGCCUACGUCGCAGAAAACCAACCCCCCCGACAUCAUGAGCGGCACGGAGGAGACCUCAACUGUUGCGGUGCGGUGACGGCGAAGCUACGAGUGACGACGUCUACUUCGCCCCUUUCCCUGGACUCUCUCAGAGGGCCGCGACUCCCAGAAGACUUCUUAAUUACCACGGAUACAGAAUGUCGGACGCGCUAGCGGAGCCAAAACUGCUUCGUAUCCACCACAACGGUUCCACGCCGCCACCGCACACAACUGCUUCGGUCACCAACUCGGAGAUACAGGAAAAGAACAAAAAAUUCACGGUGUACAAAGUCGUAGUGACCGUCGACGGGCAUUCGUGGUUCGUGCUCAGGAGGUACAAUGACUUCAGCAAGCUUCUGGACAUUAUCAAGAAGCAGUUUCCCGGCUGCCAUCUCAAGCUUCCCGGCAAGAAGCUCUUUGGGAACAACUUCAGCCCCGACUUCAUCCGGAGCAGGCGUCAAGGACUGGACGAGUUCAUCCAGAAGCUUGUCACAGAUGAGAAGCUGAUGCAGAACCAAGACGUCAGGGCCUUUCUCAAUGUUGACAAGAACUUGAGCAUGAAAGAAGCGGCCGAGGAAGAGGAAAACAGUGGGCAAGGUGCCGAGGCUCCCGAGCCGGUUGACCUUGGCUCUACAGAAAAACCUCACGUAAAGCCAAGCGAUUUCGAAUUCCUCAAAGUGAUCGGCAAAGGCAGCUUCGGGCGAGUUCUGUUGGCGAGGCACAAAGUGGAGAAGCAGUUUUACGCCAUCAAGGUGCUGCAGAAGAAGAUGAUCCUCAAGCGAAACGAACGCAACCACAUAAUGUCCGAGCGGAAUGUGCUCCUGAAGAACCUGGACCACCCGUUCCUCGUGGGACUGCACUACUCUUUCCAGACGCCCGUCAAACUCUACUUCGUCCUGGAUUACGUCAACGGCGGAGAGCUCUUCUUUCAUCUUCAGAAGGAGAGGACGUUUGCAGAGCCCAGAGCUCGGUUUUACGCUGCCGAAAUUACGAGUGCUCUUUCGUACUUACAUUCUCAAGGUAUAGUGUACAGAGAUCUGAAACCAGAAAACAUCUUGCUCGACGCACAGGGUCAUGUGGUGCUCACCGACUUUGGCCUCUGCAAAGAAGGUAUCAGGGAAAAGGAGACGACGAACACGUUCUGCGGAACGCCCGAGUACCUGGCCCCGGAGGUCCUACGGAAGGAAGCUUACGACCGCACAGUAGACUGGUGGUGUUUGGGAGCCGUGCUGUACGAAAUGCUUUACGGCCUGCCACCAUUUUACAGCCGGGAUACGGUGGAAAUGUACGACAACAUCCUCCACAAGCAGUUGCGACUGCGUACGAACAUCUCUGCAGCGGCGCGAGACAUCCUCGAAAAGCUUUUGCAGAAAGAGAAGCGGUUGCGCCUGGGUAACGCGGACGACGGCAACGAGGUGAAGCGACACGACUUCUUCAACCCGAUCAACUGGCAGGACUUGGAAGCCAAGCGAAUACCUCCUCCCUACAAGCCGAGUCUGUCUGGAAUAAUGGACAUGAAGAACAUUGAUCCAGAUUUUGUCAAGGAGCCAAUACCUGCUUCCGUCGGCAAGUCUCAAACGCUCAGUGCCAGUGUCCAGGAUGCGGACACAGCGUUCAUCGGUUUCUCGUACGCACCUCCGUUGGACAUCAACGCCUGCUGAAGGGGAGUCGUGCGCUCAGACUGCCAAGGACUCGUCUUUGACGAACGGAAUUCCUACCGUUGUGCUUUGCAGUGCCUUCCUCUUGCGUUCCGUCGCUUGCGCGUCAAUUUUGUUUGCGAAAUGCACACCGCUGCGUCGCCCGGUGCCCCGCCUUUGCUCGACUGCCACGAAAGACUGCUGCCGUUCUUGCAAUACUUAAUGUUGUAGCGCCGAAUACGCGCGAAAAUAGCAGUGCGUCGGUGGCGCUGCCUUUUGUGCACUGUCAACUGCACUGUUAUCAGCAGCUGAUUGCUAUCAGUCCUGAUAGAAUGUAUAAUCCCGAGUGCUUUCCUGACUUUAAGGGUGGUGCGUUUUGCGAGCCCACGGAAACGUGAUGCGUCAUUCUGCUGCCAACACCUUUUGUCUUUUUUACAUAAUGCAUCGGGUCAGAAAGGCUGUUGAGUGCGUUUCUUAUGCCUUCCUUGUACCACAUUGAUGUUCAUGUUGUACCCAUGUUCCUGUCAUACUCAAGGCUUUGAGAAACAUGUUUCAUCACUAUAUUCUUCAAGUAGAGCAGCCGACUGUUCGCAUCUAUAUAGGUAUAGAUUGCAGUGCGUGUAUGGGUGAGCAGUUGUUUCACGUGUAACGCAGCUUUUAAAGAUUUGAGAAAGCGUAAGUUCGUCACAACGCGAUAUUGAGCGGCGAAAGAAAAAAGGCCAGGAUGGUCCUGGCCUCUGCCAUGCCACCCUCUUGCAUUGCUUUAUUAUUUUUUUUUCGUUGUAUUUCAUUUCGUGUCACAUCAAAGUACUACGUCAACCAAGCGUCGAGAUGUUCCACAGAAUCUGAUUAACCAGGAGGUGACGAACUGCCAUGUUCCCAUGCGACAUUUUGGGAACACUCACCUUUGAAGCUGUGAUUACUGUGUCAGUCUUAAGGGCAGUUUGCCUGGCGACCUGUACUUUAAGGACCAACGAAUUUUUUUUCUAUCUAACUGACCAAAAUUGUUGGGGACCAGCAUCGUCCGCCUUGGCGGCCUGUCUGCGUGCAGCCGUGCUUGGCUAGUGAUCUAUUUCUUUAGAGCCUUGGCUAGUCUUCCAUUCACUUAUGGAGUUUUGCAUCGGCCGUCGGAUGCAAAGGCGCGAGCUUUUGUUAAUUUAAGUAUAUUCCUUGUGUGUUGAGAGUGAAUCAUUUGUUUUUAUGUCGUGCCCUUGCGAGGGUCUGUCCUGACAUCCACCUACAAGUGCGGUGGCAAUACCUGAAUUUUCUGGGCCUCAGAUGUCAGCCUGAAACGCGUUUGGUGAAUUUUGCUGCAGUUUUUAACGAAACGGUUAACUUUAGUGCAACAUUGCGUGCCCGUGCCCAAUUGGAGUUGUUACAGAUUGAUUUCAUAUUUCAUCACAAGUCUAUUGGGUGGCAGGCGAACUAGUCUGUCCUCGAACUAGACUGUGGAACAGCCUCGGAAGGCGAGCAUUUUUUUUUUGCUUCGAAAUGCCCGUGCCUCACUCGUUCGAAGUUAUUUACGAGUUGAUUGAGCAGGUUUCUGCUAACGCAUGAAGAAAGUCGCAGGAGACUACCUGUUCAGCUUGACACAAAUCUUUACUCAGAUUUUUUUUUCUUCUGGGCAUGCACUUGCAACAGUGCUUAGAGGCAAGUAGGAUAAGAACCGAUGAAAUGCUUAGAGUCUUUCCAACUUUUUUUGUGCGUAUUGAAGACGUUUCAACUUCAGAUAAAUUUUCCGUGCUAUGUGUUAGCUGCACAAUUUUUUUAAUCAAUGCAGUCUGGAAGGCUUCAUUGCCGUGAAUGAUGAAUCUAGUACGUACACGAACCUUGUUGCUGCCUCAGACGCUGUUUCAAGCUGUCGUCGAGAAUGUGCACGUCGUGCCUUACAUUCUUAUCGAGUAUGCGGAAGGAGUGCCAUAUUUGGUUGCAGUUGUGUUUCUUUUGUUUGUGCUGUGUUGAGAGAGAAAAAAAAUUUUUGUACAGUUAUUUGAUACCACAGAACAGAUAUAUUAUGUACACACCCUUUAUAUUGCUGGAAACUUGUUUUUCUGUGAAGUAUUUUGUUGUUUUUACACGAUUAUUAAAAAGUUGUGAAUUUCGGUCAGCACA